AUGGCUCCCAGCGCUGUCCAUUUCACGGGCGAUGUCCCCUCCAAGCUCGCCACCGCCGCCGCCAAUGCGAAUGCGGCUUCACAAAAAAAAGCAAAUAUCGCCAGCCACACCCCCUCGCAGCGCUACCUAAGCACACGCGGCGGGGAAUACAGCCUCUCCUUUGAAGAUGUCGUCCUCAAAGGCCUCGCCUCCGACGGUGGCCUCUUCAUUCCCGGGGAGAUCCCCUCUUUACCCGCCGACUGGGAGUCCGCCUGGAGCGACCUCUCCUUCGCCGACCUCGCCCACGCCAUCCUCUCGCUCUACAUCUCGCCCUCUGAGAUCCCCUCCGCCGACCUGAAGGAGAUCAUCGAUCGCAGUUACUCCACCUUCCGCGCACCAGAGACCACCCCCCUCGUCCCGCUCGACGAGGAGAAGAACCUGUACCUGCUGGAAUUAUUCCACGGCCCGACGUGGGCGUUUAAGGAUGUUGCGCUGCAAUUACUCGGUAACCUCUUUGAGUAUUUCCUCGUGAGGCGCAAUGAGGGCAAGACCGGAAAGGACAGGCAUCAUCUCACCGUCGUCGGUGCGACAAGUGGCGACACCGGAUCCGCCGCCAUCUACGGUCUGCGCGGCAAGAAGGAUGUCUCAGUCUUCAUCCUGCACCCCAAGGGGCGCGUCAGCCCAGUCCAGGAGGCCCAGAUGACCACCGUCCUCGAUGCCAACAUCCACAACCUCGCCGUCGAGGGCACCUUUGACGAUUGUCAAGACACUGUCAAAGCCCUCUUCGCCGACCCCAUCACCAACGCCAGCCAAAAGCUUGGCGCCGUCAACUCCAUCAACUGGGCGCGCAUCCUCGCCCAAACAACCUAUUACUUCGCCUCCUACUUCGCCCUCCAAAAGCGCAUCCCCGCCUCCGCAAAGCCGCGCUUUGUCGUGCCCACCGGCAACUUCGGCGACAUCCUGGCUGGCUACUUCGCCAAGCGCAUGGGUCUCCCCGUUGACAAGCUCGUGUGCGCGACUAACGAGAACGACAUCCUCGACCGCUUCUGGCGCACUGGAACCUACGAGAAGAAACCUUCUCACUCCCCCUCCGCGGCUGAGGGACUCGCUGUCGAUGGCGCAAAGGCGCAUACCGAUGGUGUCCGCGAGACCCUGAGCCCGGCGAUGGAUAUCCUCGUCUCCUCCAACUUCGAGCGUCUCCUCUGGUUCCUCGCGUACGAGUACGCCAGCGGUGCCGGCAUGGACGAUGAAUGGACGAAGCAGCAAGCCGGUCAGGAAGUCGCGGCAUGGCACACACAGCUCAAGUCUCAGGGCGGCUUCUCCGUCAACGCCGACAUCCUCAAGUUCGCCCAGCGCGACUUCGACAGCGAGCGCGUGACUGACGCCCAGACCACCGCCACCAUCGCGGAUUUCUUCGACAGCGCCAAAUACGUCCUCGACCCCCACUCCGCCGUCGGCAUCGCCGCGUCGCUGCGCAGCAUGUCCCGUGCAGAAGGCGUACCGCACAUCUCCCUCGCCACCGCGCAUCCGGCCAAGUUCGCGGGAGCAGUAGAGGUCGCUCUCAAGGAGCGGGAUUUCGAUUUCUCCAGUGUGCUGCCGGAGGAGUUUGUCGGGCUCGCGGAGAAGGAGAGGAGAGUUACGGAUGUACCUGCUGGUGCGGGGUGGGAGGGUGUGAGGGAGAUUGUAGUGAAGCAGGUUGAGGAGGAGUUGAGGGGGGAGAGGGCGUAG